AUGGAACCAGGAGGCAUCGCCUUUGUGGACUAUGGAGAACGGCCCGUUGUUUGGCAUACACGCCUACUCCUUGCUCCGACAAAUAGUACCUGUUGGGUGAUUUUGACACCAGACCUUGACUCCUAUGAGGAGGAGAUGGAUAUUGGUAACCCUGACUUCCAGAAUUUUCACUAUGCUGGCCCUACUGGAGUGAUUCCACCACAUAUUGAUCGACGCAGGGUUUACUCUUUUGCCCCUCUUUCUCCUGGUGAUUUAGGGCGUCAUAUGCAACAAGGAAGGGUGACAGCCAAUGCCAUCAGAGCGACUGUGGGCCUGCCACCACUGCCACCACUUGCAGCGGCAGCUCAUCCUGUAGCUCCACCUCAACCCGCAGCUCCUCCACCAGUUCCAGCCUAUGUGCCUGUGACAGGCAUGUUGGGAGGUGCUCUGCCUCCAGCAGCUCCGGCAGUGCCUGCAGCUGUGGCCGGUGUAGGAGCUCAAGAACAAGUUAACACCUGGGUUGCGGUGGAGGAGGUUGGGCAGAUCAAGCGCGGCCAGAUCUUGGCGGUCGAGCCGGCAGCCUUGCCGGCAGGAAGCUUGAUUGCAAGUGAUCAUGCCAUUGUUCCAGAUGGGCCCAAAUUCAUUUUUGCAAGAAAAGUGAAGGCCUCUGAAGUUGAGGGCUACAAGUUGGAGGAUCUCCGGGUGCUGCCGGUCGUUUUUGAUGGUCAGGGCAUUCGCAGGCGUGAAUUUUAUGGCCUUUGCUCUCACCUCAAUGACUCAAGUCCCCAGGGGGGUGGUCUCCAGCUUGAAGGGCCUGCCACUGUCCUGCGCCUUUGCAAGAUGAUGAGGGACUCCAAUCUUACCCCCACCACCUUUCAUGAGUAUUGGUUGCGUUCAGCUGACAUACCUAAAGGAGAUCGCAGCGUGUAUGAGCACGAAUGUUUGUCACGGAUAUUUGAAGCUAUGCUAACAGUGGAUCAACUCAAUGCCCCAGCCCUCCAGUCAGCCGAACUGGUCAGCCGCAGGAUGCAAGUCAUCCGGGAGGCCCACCGGAUUUCUCCUGGGUCUCCUGAUUAUUCAUCGGAUGAUAUCAUGAUGGGCUGGCGAUACCGCAGAGCUGGACAGGGAGUUGAUCAGGAGCUCGCAGCCCACGUUGCAACGGAGCUCAAAAACGAAGCUGCCAUCGCAAAGGAAAGCCGGAAGGCUAGAGAAGAAGCUGAAGCUCGCCGCCGUGCACCCAACAAGAAGGGCAAGAACGCCCAAGAAGGUGCUGCGAGUUUCAGUGAUGGUGACAUCCGCAGGGAACUGUUUCCACUGCCUCACAUUUCCCUUGGACAGCCUCCUCCCAAUCCCAGCCAACAUCAGAGACGGAAGGCGGCCAGACAUAGGUUGGCGCAAUGGCGCCACAUCUUUCAGCUGUGCUUGAUCCGUAUGGCCGAGAAAUUCUCCAGGCUUCGACUAGUGCUGGAUUGCAGAGCAGUGAAUCAGAUGUUCAGGUCUCCCCCUCCUCUGGCUAUGUCAGCUGGUUUUAGUUGGUCCCGUCUCAAGGUGCCCCAAGAGCAGACAUUAUACACUGCCCAGACAGACGUAAAGGAUUAUUUCUAUUCUUUGAGGUUGCCACACUAUUUACGACCCUUCUUCGCACUUCCACCAAUACCUGCGCAUUUGCUGAAGCUUUGGGGUGUGUCUGAUGAGAUGGGAGGAAGUUGCGAAGUGGAUGGAAUGACCUUUCCUCAAUUUGGUGUGGUGCCCAUGGGUUGGAAUUGGGCAAUGUUUUUUGCGCAACGUGUCCACCAAUGUCAAGCAUUGCUGGCUUCCGGCCUAGGUCCAAGCAGACUGGUGGCCGAAGGACAGCCGGCGCCUCAACUUGACAGUGGGGAGCCAUGCCUCAUGGUCUAUGCAGACAACUUGAACGUCAUAGGAACAGACCGAGACAAGGUUCAGAAGGUCAAGGAUGACAUCCAACAACAUCUCCAACAAUUAGGAUUUCGAGUGCGUGAGGUGAUAGAUGCCUCAACCCGAGUUGAUAGCCUUGGGUUUGCAAUUGAUGGGAAAUCAGGCAAAGUGUUACCGAUUCCCGAACGGGUCUCCAAGGUGAUUGCAGCCUUCAAAUGGCUCAGUCGGUCUGUGGCCAAAGAAGCUGAGUGGGCGGCCAACCUCUUGCACAUUUGCUGUGCCGAUUUGAAAAGGGAGUGGUCUGAGACAGUGACAGACCCCUAUGAGUUAAACCCUGACUUUAAGGAUAUUCCACAGGAGUUCAUGGAUGACAAUCAUUGGGGACUUCGUUUUGCGGCCUUCAUGAGGCUGUGCGCCUUGGUGCUUGCUGCUGAUAUAGCAGUAUUUCAUCGCUGGGUGCCUUCAGAGUUCAAUCCUGCAGAUCAUGGUUCGAGGGCCAGGGUUCGCAAGAUGAUUCAGGGAGCCAAUCGGGAAGAGAGAGGUGCCAAGAGGGCAAGGUACAUGAGCUCAGUAGAGCAACCGCGCUUUCAGGGCCAAACGUUUCUGGAACAACAAGCGGUUUCUCACUUAGUAGCCCUGGACUAUGUCAAGAGGCAUCAGGUGUUUCUCAACUUUGUGAAGAGCAAUCGUUUGAGUCUAGACACGGCCCAGAAUUGCGACGAGAGCUUCAGCAUCUUUCUCAACUCCUUGUUUCACGCAGGGCUAGACAUCACAGAAGGGUCCAAGCACUUCGCGGCAAUGCUAGAUGCAUGCCCAAGCUUGUCACAGAAAUUCCAGCUGCCCAGGUCUCGCAGAUGCCUUCAAGGUUGGCAGAAGUUGGAUCCUGGCAGCACACGGCCACCACUGCCCUUUGCACUGGUAGCAUUGAUAGUAGACAAGAUGUGUCGUUCCCGACAAGUGGUAGCAGCUCUAGCAGUUCUCACCAUGUUUGUGGCUUACCUGCGUCCAGGGGAAGCCCUGGGCCUACAAGCAAUAGAUGUGAUCAAGCCAUGUCGGUCUUCAAAAACCGCUGUGAUCAACCUUCACCCGUCAAACCGGGGAGAGUGCUCAAAGGUAGGCCUUGCCGACGAAUCCAUCAGUUUGGACAACGCCGAACUUCCUUUUUUCGGCAACAUUCUGGUGAAACUGGCAAGGAAGCAUGCCAACUCAUGGCUGUUCAACAUGGACUAUCAACAGAUGAAGACAAUUUGGGACAACACAAUUCAAAAUUUGGGGAUUUCUCACAAGCAGUAUGUGAUGUACCAGUUGAGACACGCUGGCCCAUCCCACGACAGGCUACACAACUUCAGGACCGCCUUGGAGGUGAAGAUGAGAGGCAGAUGGUCAGCCGACUCCUCAGUUCAGCGAUACGAAAAGCAUGCGCUGAUCAAUGCCGAGUUCCAAGCACUUCCAGUGGCAGUUCAGGAGGCCAGCCUGAAAGCCGAAAAAUCCCUCAAAAGUACGGUCCUAAAGUUUUCAAACCACCUACUGGGGUGA